ACCAUUGAUCCCUGAUAAUCCACAUCGGUCGCACCAUUUGACCUCCUGGUUAGCCCAACGACCAAUCUCCAGCCUCACCACGGGGCCCACCCACAUUUUCCGAUCACCGGUACCUCAUUCCCACGCAAUUUUUUGCUUAAUCUUGAAUCACAUGUGCCUACGUUUUCCAAUGUUUAUCUCUAAUUUCUUUAUGAUCACCAUUUUCUUGAGAUGGGUAAAAAAAAUUAUCCAAAAAGAUUGCAUCUUUAUUACAAUUUGUAGAUAAUUUGUACCUUUGUUUUUGAUAUAUUCCAUUUUUAGAAUUAGGGUUUGAUAAAGAUGAUGGAUCUUGUUCCUGUUGAGGUAAUUGGCAACAUAUUGUCCCAUCUUGGGGCUGCAAGAGAUGUUGUUAUUGCUUCAACCACAUGUAAGAAAUGGAGACAAGCUUGUCACAUACAUCUUCGUAUGCUUUCUUUUAAUUCCGAUGACUGGCCUGUUUUUCGUGAUCUUACUACGAGUAGGCUAGAGAUACUAAUUACACAAACUAUAUUUCAAACCAAAGGUUUACAAGGUCUCAAGAUAUUAAUGGAUGAUGUUGAUGAGUUUUCAGCAUCUGCUGUUAUUGCUUGGUUAAUGUACACUAGGGAAACGUUACGUUGUUUGUCUUAUAACGUGAGAACCACUCCAAAUGUCAACAUUCUUGACGUGUGUGGACUGCAGAAGCUUGAGAUAUUGGUUUUGGCUCAUAAUUCGAUUACUGAGGUUGAACCCAAUUAUCACAGAUUUCCUUUAUUGAAAUCGCUUUCAUUGAGUCAUGUUAGCAUUUCAUCGUUGGAUCUUAAUUCGUUACUUGAAGCUUGUCCUAUUAUUGAGUUUUUGGGUCUUGUAAGUCCUCAGAUCGACAUCACCGAGUCUCAAGUGACAGUAGAGUUGACUAGUCAAACAUUAAAGCAAGUACAUGUUGAAGCCAUAAGUUUAGACAAGUUUACGCUAGAAGCAGAUAAUCUUGAGAAAUUGCAUUUAAAGGAUUGUGCACUUGAGCAUUUUGAGCUUAGUGGGCAGGGCACUUUGAAGCAUUUCAAAAUGGAUGAUGUUAGUAUUCUACAUCUCGAUAUCAUCAAGCCUUUUGAUGAUCUUGAAGUUAUUGACGUUAGUAAUUUCACAAUAAUUUGGUCAAAGUUCUAUCAGAUAAUCUCUAAAUCUUCAAAAUUGAAAAGGCUUCGUCUCUGGAAUGUGGUGAUAGAUGAUGAUGUUGAGUUUGUUGAUUUGGAUUUGAUUGCUUUAUGUUUCCAGGAUUUAAGAUAUCUUGCAUUGAGUUAUGACUCACGAGGUGAGUUAAAAGAGGGGGUCCUUCAUCACAGUUUGCAUGGUUUGUCUUUAAUGGAUAAUGUGACUGUGUUGGAUCUAGGAUGGACAGUGCUUGAUGAACAUUUUGCGGAUUGGGUCGCAUGUCUUUUAAAAAGAUGUCCGAACCUUAAGAAGUUGAUCAUUCAUGGGGUUGUUUCAGAGUCUAAAACACAUAUGGAAUGCCAUAUGUUGGCUAGUUUUACUUCAUCAAUUGUUGAACUUAUGAGAAAAUACAUUCACAUCGAUGUUCAGUUUGUGUAUGAAUAAUAAAAUUUUAAAGAUUACUUUCAA